ACAAAACAUCACUCAUCCGAAAAGAUCCGAAAUAUCAAAUAAAUUUAUCAGUUUUUUUUAUAUCGGAAUCUUUUGCUAGAUUGCGGAACAGUUUUAACCUUUGACCAAUAAAUUGUAGUAUUUUAGAUUAAUGUAUUAAAAAAACUAAUAUUAGAAAAAUGGAAACUCUAGGACUCGAAAAACAUGAGUUACCCCCAACUAACCAAAAACGAAUUAUCGCUUUUAUCAAUCACUUUGUACUGAACACAGUGGAUUUCCUUAAUACUUUUACUGUUCAAUGCGAGCACAAAUUUGUCCGCUACGAGGAAAAGAUACAAAGUUUGGAAGCAUCACUCCGAAUUGUGCAGGCGAAGCUGGCAUCGAUUGAUGCGCUAAAAAAUUCGACUGCCGCAGAAAGCACAGUACCAAUGCAAGUAAGCGGAGCUACCACCACCCACGAAGGUGAUUUGGAGAACGAAGAUAAUAGUUUGAGGGAGGUUGACCCGCUUCCGCAAAACUAGAUUUGAUUCUUAUUUGUAAAUUUAUAUACUUACGUUAUUAGAAUAGUUGAUGGUAAUAUAUUUUAAGCUAAAUAAUACGCCUUAUAAAGCGAGAAGUGAUAUUUCACUGUGUCAAUUUACGAAAGGGUUUUUUGAAAUAUGAAAGUUAUAUUUCUGAACAUUAAGCUUUUGGCAGCUGAUAAACUCCGCCAGCAUAUACUAAUUUAUGUUCUCUUACUUUUCGCUGCAAAAUGUUUUUGAGUUCUUCCUGCGAGAAAUCAACCUGGGAAGCAAACAUCUUUAACAUCUGAUGAAUACGAUCCAAUGGAAGAGAAUCUAAGUUUGUCAACAUGGCUUCAAUGUAGGACCAGAAAACUUGCAGCUCUUCCUCUCGUUGAUCGCUGGCCGAUUCCAUCGCACUUUCAGCUUCUUCAUCCUCACAUAUAUCCGGUGCUGGGGCUUGUAACUCUUCAGUUGCUUCCGCUUUACUGCUGCGGUCGUUAAGAAUGAAUAGAUUUUCUCGCGUUUCACGUAUCAGUCCUUGCGUUUGCCAAAAUACUAAUCGCUUUCGCAAUACCGAUGGUGGCAUGUUCAUCUUUUGGCCUAGUUUUUCUAACUCCCAUUCCUGUUGCUCGCUGAAGUAAAUAGCGAUGGUGGCUUGAGCCGGAGUUACUUGCAUUUCUGUUGUUUUUCCAUCCAAUUCUAGCUCGAUUAUGACUUUUCCAUUCAAAGGAGUCCAAUGAAGCGUUCUGUUACCUUUGUACACCUCGAAAGCCUUGGUGUAAUGAUCGAACAUGUCCUUUAUUACGGGCGGCAGGUCCAUCGUUUCUUUUUUAAAAGUUGGCCAAAACUGCGAAGAAACUAUCAAGGCUGUCAUAUCGAAAGGUCGUUCCAUAGGGAAACCCGAUUCAGUUGAUAGGAUAUGAGAGUUAAUACGUUUCGAGUCGGUGAUGUCUUUCAGCAUUACUUCACAGCUGUGCAGCAUCGUUUCACCAAAACGCAGUUUCAAAAGUUCUAAAUUACGAAUUUCUUUCUCGGGAUUUGCAUCCAACUGUGACAAUAAUCUUUCGGCCAGGAGAUUGCGAUAUUCGUUUACAAACAACUCCUUACUGCCAUAAAUGUCUACAACCAUAGAAAUAAUAUCCGACGGUCGACCGGAACGCGUAUCUUUGAUCACGAUAGCGUCAGCAUUAACCGGAUCAGGAUUCCAAUUUUCCCAAUCUGUUUGAUCUAACUUUUCGUUUACAUUGUCUUUCGUUUUGAUAUGUUCACUUUUAGCCAACUCCUCCGACAGGUCUGAACAACCUUCUUCGGUCAAACCUGUAACUACGCAGCGUACCGUAUCGGGUCGACCUCGGAGGUAUUCUUUUACAGGUUCUGUGAUCGUUUGCAGCAAAACUCCUGUCGAGUCGAGAUGUCUUAGUGCCUUGAUAGCUGCUACAUAUCCGGUUAGAAUAUCCGGAGUAUCAACCCCCGGAUGCAAUAGUUUACUCUCCAACGUAUGUUUUACGGUUUUCACCAAAUGACUUCGCAAAUCUAUCUUUUCCAGACAAGUUUUCAAAUCAUCGAUUGCUGCUUGAGACAUGGGAAAGUCUAUAAUUAUCACGAAAAAUUGGUCGAUAAUUGUAUUGGCGUAGUUCUCGUACAAGUAAAAACUUAGUUUGGUUUGAAAAUUUUUGAUGGCUUGUUCAAUUUUCUUUUGCGCUGGUGGAAUCGUCAGCGAUCCACGAUUGUAGAUGCGGGUCAACCAUUGCAGUACCACCGUGCUCAACCAACGUUCAAGCGCUUCUAAAUGGGAAACGGAAAAAUUUUCCUUAGUUUCUGCUAUCUUGGCAUCGAUCCGUUCUUGAAUGAGUGUGGUAAGAGUGAAGCCAGCAAUCUUAUCCAGCAGACCCAUCGCCGUCAGAUGACGAUUUGUACUGGUGAAGGCAUUUGCUAAGCUUUGGCAUUGGCAACUGUUGGAUUCCAGGCCACAGGCUGAGCACUGGAAUGCGUCUGGCACAUCCAUGAAGUCAUCUGGGAAAGAAUUGAAAUGCGAGUAAGUGUUCAUUAUUAUCUUCAAAUAUAAAACUAGCGAUAAGCUCCUAUCCGUUUCAAACAAACGAACUAUGAAAGUAAAAGUUCUGCGUAGCACCCGCAGUAGUUUUACAAGGCAUUUGAUAAAGCGUCAAAGAUCUAGGCGAUUAGUACAUAUUUUACGUCAAACUCACCACUCUCGGCAUGGCUCAAAGCGAAUACUUUAAACGCUAUCGAGUAAAACUCGUAAACCAAUUCGUUGAAAUCAGUUGGCAAUUGGGAGAGCAAUGCGCACCGGAACAUCCGAAAGAACUCGCUCAUAUCGGAUGGUUUUUUGACGAUAUCGACCGGUAACGGGACACCCUGGCGAAACUUUUCCAACCUCUUCAGCUGCAGGUGGUAGCGUCCAAAGUCUUCGUACAGUUCUCGGACCGCUUGCUGGAAGCGGAAAAACUUUCGGUUGCAAUCGGCCUGGCCAGCUGUUCGGAUGUCGCCAUCCGCCUCACCGGAGCUUUCGAAGUUGCGCCAAAAUUUCGGCACCGUUUCAUGUCUCAGAAGCCGGUCCAGCUUGAAGAACAUCGUUUCGUAGAUGAUGGUGACCGAGUUGAGCUGCUCCAGCUGAAUCGACAAGUGGGAGAUUUCAUGAUCGGAAACGGGUGUCACUUCCAACUGAAGCGGAAAAGGAAAGAUGAACAUAAUUAUUAACUUCGCAUCAUAACGAAUAAUCUAAUGGCAUCAAAGACAAACCUUAUUUUGUAGUACUGGAAAAACUUUGUAUAAACUUGAGCAAAUACUUUCAUUUAACAUCUUGAA